CCUGUCUAGACACGGAGUCCACCGAGGGCUUCCCAGCUUCUCCUGCGUUUCUUGGUUUCCUCAUCUGUAAGAUGGAGAUUAGCCUGUCUCGGUUAUUGUGAGGAUUGAGAUGACAUGAGUGUUUGUGGCAUGUAGAGUUGCUCAAUAAAUAUAUAUUGCCUUCUGCUGUUAAGAGGAAACUUUCCAGCAAGUGGGGGAGGGCUUGAGACCUCAUCAUCAUAACAUGGCCGCUUGAGUUCCUCCAGAUCCCAAGAUGUCAGGCGAACAAUUUUGAAACAGAUAUCCAGCAAUUGAGCUGUGAAAAUGUCUGACAAGAUCGAGAUAGCUGCCAGAGCUUCCCUUAUUGAGCAACUGAUGUCUGAGAGAAACUUUGAGGAUCUUGGCAACCACCUCAUGGAGCUAGAAAGUCUGCAUGUAACUAAGGAGCACCUCCAGCAGACAGAUGUGGUCAGGGCUGUGUACCGGGUCCUCAAAAACUGUCCCACAGUGGCUUUGAAAAAGAAAGCCAAGUGUUUGCUGUCAGAAUGGAAAGCUCUUUAUAAGGAUCCUCAUUUCAAACCAAGGGACAGGCCCAAAUUCUUCCCUGUGGGUGGAAAGGACAAAAAUUCAGGACUUUCCGAUGACUCAAGUCAAGAUGAGACCUUGGGCAGCUCCAGUUCUGAUUCUCUGCUAUCGUCCCAAGAUGUUAUGGCAAAAGCCACUGAAAAGAGCAUGCUUGAAAAUAGUUCUAGUCGAAUGGUACCUAAGGAAGAGUAUGUCAAGGGUGGUGACCCUAAAUCCACUGACAAGGGAUCAGGUGAGUUGCUGGAUCCUGCAGUUCCCGUGAGAAUGAAAUGCUCAGAGCUUCUUUAUGAAGCUUUAACUGGUUCUUCCACAGAGCAGCCCAAAGCCGAAUUGUGGCAAAACUUCGCAAGAGAAAUUGAAGAGCACAUUUUUACCCUUUAUUCAAAGAACCUCAAAAAAUAUAAAACUUGUAUCAGAAGCAAAGUCGCCAAUCUGAAAAACCCCCAAAAUUCUCACUUACAACAAAACUUGCUCUCUGGGACUAUGUCGCCAAGAGAAUUUGCUGAAAUGACUGUCAUGGAAAUGGCAAGCAAGGAACUAAAACAGUUGAGAGCUUCCUACACGAAAUCUGGCAUACAGGAGCACUGCCUUCCCCAAAUGAUCGAGGGUACACAGACAAAGAAAAUAAAAUGCAGACGCUGUGAGAAGUUCAAUUGCAAGGUUACUGUAAUCGCCAGAGGAACACUUUUCCUUCCAAGCUGGGUGCGGAAUUCAAACCCAGAUGAAGAAAUGAUGACCUAUGUAAUCUGUAAUGAAUGUGGGGAGCAGUGGUAUCAUAGCAAUUGGGUGUGCUUGUGAUUGUAAAUAAAUGUUCUGGC